AUGACAUGUACUUUCAAUACAGAUUGUAAACGUAUAGCUUGUAGCGAUCAUUGCAUCAACAAACAGCUUCAACAUACGUUUACAACAAAAACAAUUGAUGGGAAAUUAGUCGAUUGUGAUAUAGCACAAGAACUUUUCAAUAAUGUUAAAACUAUUGUUUCAAAUAUUCAUCGAUUACAUAAACAACAAAACUUAUCUAAAAAAUUAAUUUUAUACUCAGAUACACGUUUUAAUGGGGCAUAUGCAAUGUUAAAUGUAUUUUCAAGUACUUUUGAUGAAUUAGUUCAAAUACUGGAUUCGAAAUUAUUAACAACUUAUUCUCGUAUCAAUGACGAUUUUUUACUUGAUAUAUGCCGGUUUUUAUUACCAUUUGAUACAGUUAUUGAAGCUUUAAGUGAUGAUCGACGACUGACACUCCAUCGUGUGUUACCAUUCAAACAAUAUUUGAUCAACAAAUGUGAAAUUGAUAAUGAUGAUAAUGAAGGUUUAAAACAAGCAAAAUGCUUCUUGGGUAUGAAGCGUAAAAAAAUAAUGAACGAACUAACCGAUGAACAUCUUAUUGUGGCAGUACUUCAUCCAAACAAUAAGCAUUUACAUAAAACUCCUCAUUUGAAAGAACAUGCAAUACUUUUAUUAAAACAAGAAAUGUGUAAACGUCAUGAUCGUUUUUCAUCUACAACUACAUCAACUGUUGCCAAUUUACUAGAUACAUCAUCAACAACUUCAUCCACAUAUUCAUCAUCAAUAUCCUCCACAUCAGUUUCAAAAUCUGUUUGUUUAGAUGCACUAGAUAUUUUAUUAAUGGAAGUAUUUGACAAACCACCUUCAGCACCAGAAAAAAAUCAUGUUGAAAAAGAAUUAGAAAAUUAUUUAGCAUCCACAUUGGUAAUGGAAGGUGAUGAAAAAGAUGACAUACUUUCAUUUUGGAAACAACAUAAACAAUCAUUUCCAUUAAUCGCAUCAAUUGCUCGUGAUAUAUUAGCUAUUCCUGCUUCGAAUACAUCGGUUGAGAGACAAUUUUCUGCAUGUAAGAAUACUUUCACGGAGAAACGAACCAAGUUGGGUUCCGAAAAAUUGAACAAAUUAAUCUUUUUGAAAAAGAAUAUGAAUAUUUUAAAAGAAAAAUUUUCUGUUGCAUUUACUAAAACAAGUGAUAGUUUAAAUACUAAACGAAAAUGUGAUACAAUUAUUUUAAAUGAUGAACCAUUGCAAAAGAAGAACAAGGAAACUAAUGUUUUCGACAAUCAAGAUGGAAAUGAAUGUUUUCUUGAUUCUGAAAGUGACCGAGAUGAAGAGAUUUUUUAA